AUGGCUAGAGGACCAAAGAAGCACCUUAAGAGACUAGCAGCUCCACACCACUGGUUGUUGGACAAAUUGUCUGGUACCUAUGCUCCAAGACCAUCCCAAGGUCCUCACAAGUUGAGAGAAUCUUUGCCAUUGGUCGUGUUUUUGAGAAACAGAUUAAAGUAUGCUUUGAACACUCGUGAAGUUAAGGCUAUUAUGAUGCAACGUCACGUUAAGGUUGAUGGUAAGGUCAGAACUGAUUCUACUUUCCCAGCUGGUUUCAUGGAUGUCAUCUCUCUAGAUGCCACCAACGAAAACUUCAGAUUGGUUUACGAUGUUAAAGGUAGAUUCGCUGUUCACCGUAUCACCGAUGAAGAAGCUUCUUACAAGUUGGGUAAGGUUAAGAAGGUCCAAUUGGGUAAGAAGGGUAUCCCAUACGUCGUUACCCACGACGGUAGAACCAUCAGAUUCCCAGACCCAAAUGUCAAGGUUAACGACACUGUCAAGAUCGAUUUGGCCUCUGGUAAGAUCCAAGACUACAUCAAGUUCGACACUGGUAAGUUAGUUUACGUUACCGGUGGUCGUAACUUGGGUCGUAUCGGUACUAUCGUUCACAAGGAAAGACACGAUGGUGGUUUCGACUUGGUCCACAUCAAGGACUCCUUGGACAACACUUUCGUCACCAGACUAAACAACGUUUUCGUCAUUGGUGAACCUGGUAAGCCUUACAUCUCUUUGCCAAAGGGUAAGGGUAUCAAGUUGUCUAUCACUGAAGAGCGUGACAGAAGAAGAGCUCAAAACGGUUUGUAA